AUGUCUAAGCUUCGGGGCUUAGUGAUACCUGAAGCACAAACGCCGAUUGUUGAUCUUCCAGAAAUUAAAGUUAAAGAUUCGCUCUCCAAGCCAUUUAUUUUGAAGUCUAACCAAAAUAAUGUAUUGAAAAAGGAUAACUUGAUAAAUUCUAAACCAUUAUAUGUAAAUGAGACCAAAUGGAAAAAUAAUUUCUUAACGAAUAAUAUACCCAAAUAUUCACCUGCUUUUAAAAGAAAAUCGUUGCAAGUAUACACACCAUCGACAUUUUCAAAAGAAUCAACACCAGAGCCUAAGACAAAUGAUAAAAUAAGCAUGCAGCAUAUAACAUAUUAUAAGCCGAACUUAUUCAAAUCGGCGAGAAAUAGUUUAGAUUCCGGUAAUUUAACACAUUUAUCUACAAGAGAAUAUAAUAACAUUUUGGGUGACAUUCGAGAUUAUAAAAAUGUAGAAAUUAAAAUAUGUACAGCCACUGAUAUUGUUGACAGUGAUAAUGAAUCAGCAAUGAGCUCAACUCAGUCUAGUUAUCGAUCUUCUGCCUCAUCGCCUAUGAACCACGUUGAUACUAUAGAAUCUGAUAGCUCUCGUCUCUCCCCAAGAAUUACACACUAUACGUCUUACACACUUGUCAAAUCCGAUGUUCCUUCUAAAUCUUCUAAUGUAGAGAAGAAUUGUGAGGAAUUCUUGAAGCGUAAGGUUUGCCGUUCUGUGUCAUCGGAUACUAAUAUAUCACUUAGUUCUUCGGCGGGUUCUGCAGCGACAUCUGGAUCUCAAGCAAGUUGCAGCUCACUUGAAAGCUCUGUUGCUGACUCAGAUAAGAAAAAAGUUUCAAGAUGUUAUAACGUCGAUACAAUAAAUAGGAGAAACAUCUUAGCUUCGGCCAAAUGCAGGAGCGGCAGAGACGUUAACCUUAAAUCACCUGUUGUUGAAACAAAAUUUUCUCACGAGUCUUACAACGGAUCUCCCAGUCCAGCACAGAAAUCGUCUGAACGUCUUUCUACACUCACAUCUUCGGUGAGUGCUAUAGCGAAUAAAGGCGAAAACAGGCGACGUAAUAAAGUAAUUGCUGAAAGUGAUUCUGAUACAGAUGAUGAAACUCUUGCCCGGCAACGAAAAUCUGAAUAUAAAACUUCAAGACUGAAACGAAACUCGAGUACAUCUAGUAAAAAUAAGCACAAUGACAGUAAUUUGGAACAUUUUAAAAUUGAAGAUGGGACAAAGCAUUUACAAGAAAUAAAGAAAACAGACCAAGAAAAUUAUAAGGAUACAAAAUCAAAUACAUUGCCUACAUAUAAACAGGAAAAAAUUAAUAAUGACCUUUUGCGAAGAAAUGAAAUGGAUAACGUGUUAAUUAGUAAUGGUGGUUGUGAUAGUAUUGAGGUUAUUGACAAUGUUAAACCAUCAAUUCGUUACGAAAAGCCAAUAAAUAACAUAAACUUAAAAAAAGAAAUAGUUAAUGAUCAGACAGAAAUCAGUUCUAACGAAGAACACAAAACUUCAGUUAUACGACUUAGGAAAGGAGUUGGUUCAGGCGUAGGCUUAAUACUGGCUGGAGGAAUUGACUGCGAGGCUAAAGAUGUUACGGUUCAUCGAGUUUUAGCUGAUAGUAUAGCAGCAAAGGCAGGUCUCAAAAGAGGAGCAAAAGUUAGAAGUAUUAAUGGCUGCACAAUGUCGGGUCUUACGCAUGCUCAAUCAGUUACUAUUCUUAAGGAGCAACGUUCUGAAGUGGUUAUUGAAAUAGAUAAUGAAACUGUACCAAACGACAGUGUAACGGAUUGCGGCUCUGAAAAUGCGGAGUCGAUGGAUCGUCAGGAGACAGACGAUAUAAAACUUAAAGACGAUAAAACCGACCGUGAUGUUGUGACAGUAAUUUUGGAAAAAGCUGGCGGUGGAACUGGGCUCGGUUUCGGUUUGGAUGGUGGUCGUGACUCGCCGCAGGGUGACAGACCUCUGACAAUUAAGAAGCUAUUUGCAGGUGGUGCGGCUGCACAGAGUGGUCGUAUUCUAGUCGGCGCUGAAUUGCUCUCUGCAGGUGGACAAUCUAUGGAGACAUUUACUCGUACUCAGGCUUGGGCGGCAUUGAAAUCUUUGCCCGCUGGUCCUGUAGCCUUAGUGCUUCGAAAUCCUAAAGGCAAUGCUUAA